AUUCACGUUGAUUGGCCAUCAGGGGAACCAGGGGCCCAGGGGCGUAUUUUGCUCAAAUCCUUAUUAAUCUACAAAAUGUCAUCAUGGUCAUCGUUUGUAAUCAAAAUGCAAAUAUUCAAUAUUUCUUUUACGAGAAUAAUUAGUUUACUGGCGUCAUCUCAAAUUUUUUCCUCUGCAGAUUCAUAAUAGGAUUUGAAAAUGGAAGACGUAAGAUUAUUGAUACAGGAAGAAGGUCGAGCUGCUAGAAAUUUAAUAGCUUUCAACGUACCAGUUGGCACAAGUAACUCAGAAAAAAUUACACGUAAACCUCCAAGUGUUCCCAGAGCAACUUUAUCGAAUUCUACGAAACGAUCAGUAAAAUCUAAUGCACGAGUAAGAUCGGCCUCGACUGGACGAGACAAAAAAUCGGAAUUACAUGCCCGAUAUUGGGCGUUUUUAUUCGGCAAUUUACAACGAGCAAUUGAUGGAAUUUAUCAAACCUGCGAAGAAGAUGAAAAUAUAUCAGAAUGUAAAGAAGUAAUACUAGUUCUAGAGAAUUAUGUGCGCGAUUUCCAUAAUUUGAUAGAAUGGUUCAAGGUAAAAUGGGCCUAUGAAAGUACCGUGCCACCAUUGAGACGCACACCAUUAGCAUGGGAAAUUAGAAAAACUUCACCCUGUCGUUUAUGGAAUUCCACACCAAAGUCAACAAGUCCCCUCCAAAGAUCCAGUCCUACGGGUUCUGCUUGUAAAAGUCCAAUUGAAACUUCAUUUGACAGUAGAUCUGUCUCAAGUGAUGGUAAAAUUAAUUCCAUACAAGAGGAACCUGAAAAAACACCUCACAAUGAAUUUAUCGAUAAAAAUCCAAAAGAAACACGAAAAUAUGUUGUCAAGAAAAAUUCCGAACCGACAAACAAUGAGAAAUCUCACAUAAAAAUUGGUUGUAAUACAACAGUGAAAAAACCAACUGUUAAUGCAGGAAACGAAAAUAUUUCGCAUCAUCAAAGUGAAAAUAAUACCACUGAGGUAAAGAAUCAUUCAAAAGUAUUAAAUUCGAAUCAGAAUUCUAAAACAAACACUGACAGUGUUCACUGCACUAAGAGUGUAGUGGGAAAUUUCACCAACAAGAGUAAUGUAGAAACAAUAAAGAAUGAAAUUAAUCUCUCGUACGUGGAAUAUUCCAAUGAAAACGAAAAUAGAAAUAUUACUUGCACUCCAAAUGAAUAUGCCUCUGUUGAAAAGAAAAAUACGGAAAAGAGUUUAUCUAGGGAAAAUUCAAAUUUACUAUCGAAGAGAUAUUUUAAACCGAUUGUUAAAAAACAACCGACCUUUCACACUCGGGAAAUAGUGAGAAGUAAAGUUUCCAAUCAGUCUACUACUACUACUGCUGCUGCUUCUGCUCCCAGUGCGACAGUGAAUAGAACUCGACCUAAGGUUAUACCGGUGGUACAACCAGCUUAUUCGACUGUUUCAAAAGGUCUACCAUCAACGGCGAAGACAACACGAAAUCUUCCCGAAAGACCGAGAAUGUUUCGAAGUAAAACUACUUUGUGUGCUAGGGAAACAACGAGUGCUGCUCCAAUGCGACAGGGAACUUCUGUCUUGAUUAGAAGACCGUUACAGUCUCAAUCGACCAAUCAGAAACACGAUCAGAAUUCAAGCAAGGGAGCUGAAGACAUCAGUGCCUCUGUCGAGGUUCUACCAAAACAAAGUACAAAAAUUAAAGAAGACGGCGACGGAUGGCAAACAGUGCGAAGUCGUUACAGAAGAGGAAGUUCAAAUAAUCUCAAUAUGUCAACACGUUUUCAUAAACCAAGCACUGCUAUUUCAUUGCCAGCACUUUGUCUAGACAAUUCUCCAGAGAAGAAUAAAAAAUCAUUUACUCCCGAUGGAAAUCAAAGACAACGAAAGAGUAAAAGUAUCGGUACAAAGAAUGACGAGACAAAAGAAUUAAAAUUGAAAACUGUCAAUGACAAUGUGAAUUCAAAUGUCCAGGGAAUUUGUGGUGAUGAAAAAUUAGACCAAAGAGAUAUACCGAAUAUUAAUGACACAAAUUCAACUUCCGUAAUAGCGGCUAUUUUUAAAAAUGAAGCCGAACUCCUGGAGAAAAGAAUACAACAAUUUAUGGCCGCCCAGGCAGAAAGAGAGAGAAUUAUUUUAGAGGAGGAGCGGAAAACAGAAGAGGCAGACACUCAAAGAUCUCAACAACUUUGUGAUGAGGAGGCAUCAUUACAGAGGCAAAUUAUGGAAUUGGAGUCUAGUGAAAUUGAUGUCGACACUGAAACUGAUGAGAUGGAUGGUGAAAUGGCUUUGGAAAUAGAAGAGGACAUUUCAAUUGGUCCGAUUAAUGACAAUAUUAGUAUAGAGGACAGAUAUGAAAACAUGUUGGAAGGAAUGUCCUGGGCCGAACAAAUGGACACUUUAGCUCAAUUACAAGCACUGGACGCUCGUCAUCCUGGUCGCGCUUUAGAGCUUCAUCAGAAACUCUCAUCUCCGUCCAGAAAGAGAUCUUUAGCGGAAACUCUAAGACGUUUUCAAACAAAACAGGCUUGCGCCCAACAUAAACGGCAAAAAUUGUUGAUGGAAAAAUCACAGCGACUAAGGGAACUAUUGAAUAAAGUUGAGGACGUGAAGAGUGCAAAAACACAAUUAAUUGAAGACAAGAGAAUUCGAUUGGAAAUUAAACUCAAGCGAGCUGAGGAGAAUAGAACUCAACAUCUUUUGGAAGUUGUGAGAAAGGCGCACGAUGAAGAUUCGAAAUUAAAAGAAAUUGCCUUUAUUAAUGAACUUGAGGCACAAAAUAAGCGGCACGAUUUCAUGGCAUUGUGUCAGGAACAAGAGGAACGCUUGCAGAGUAUACAAGAGGAGCGUCAACGUCGACAGGAGGAAAAAGCAGCAAAAGAAGCCGCUGCAGAGGAGCGAAGACGAGCUCUCGAGGUAGAGAGACAAUUGCGAAUACAAAAAAUGCGAGAAGCCCGACGUGAACGCGAAGAACGGGUUGGAAAAAUGCAAUUAGAAAGGGAAAAAGAACGUCAGGAACUUGCUAGAGAAAAGGCGAGAGACAGAGAAGAACGUUUAUCGGCUCUACACGCUGCUCAACUGGCAAAUCAAGAAGAGUUACAAAAGAAAAUUGCUCAAAAACAACAAGAGUCGGCUAGAAGACAUGUGGAAAAUAUAGAACACAUACGUCAAAGAGCUGUGGAAUUAUCAAUAUUGAGAUCAGAAGAAGUUCCUCCAACUCUAAAGUCAUAUCCUGCUCAAAAGCAAUGUUCGCUUUGUGGAACACUGAUUCCAAAUGAAGUUUAUCUCUUGAGUCAUUUAAAGGAGAAAUCUCACCUGGAAGCGGUGAGGAAAAUGCACGAUGGUCGAGAGCCUUGUCGCGAUGAAUUGCAACGAUUUAAUAUAACUCAAAUACGUGAUAUACAAACGCCAUUGAAAAAUAAUAACAGUGCAAACAGUGAGAGUAAGGCAGCGAAAGAAAAGCAAAAGGCAUUAAAGCGUCGGAGUCGAAAAAUUAAACAACGCAUGGCUGUUCGUGGACAAGAAUGGGAGGAGACGUUCAAAAAAGAGAAUGCACCGUCCUCUUCAGAUUUGGGAAAUAAAAUUAAGUUCAAACGAAAUUUGAAGGAUUUGGAGAAACUUUGUCAAAAUCAUGCGAAAUCUUCGUGGAGCAGUAGUGUCAUUGCAAGUCUUGAGAGAAAUUUGGGAGAACUUAAUCGUUCUUUGUCAAAAAUUUGUUCUUCGGAGCAAAAGGCAUUUCUCCAGUUGGGUGGCUUCGAUAUUCUGACAAAUCUGCUGACAUUGGGUUUAAAUUCUCAAAAUUCGCCGAAUACACUGCCCAACAAGAGUCUUGUUUCGAUUUUGCGAGUCUAUAAGAUUGGAAUAAUUGACAACAUUAACAAUAUUGAAGCCGUUCUACUUAGCAACAAAGUUCUCGUCUUGCUGGAUCUAAUUAUUCAUCGACUGGAGGCGGUGACCGCUCUUGACGAUCACUCUCAAGCUCAGGAAGCUUCUAACAACACAAGCGGAAACGGAUCUGUAGCAACUGGGGCGAUACAGUUGCUCUGCAGCCUUAUUUCUGAAGUGCCUUUCGAAAAACCUACCCUCCACGCUCGCCUACAGGACAUCGUCGGGUAUCUGGUGAUGGGUGGUCUGGUGGAUCGCGUGUCACGUCACAGUCGAGCAUUGAUCGAGACUGACUUCUUUCUGGAUCAAGAGCGAGAUUCGCCUCUUCUUUUGGCCUCCUAUGACCUAAUGUCUCGAAUUUGUUGUCACUUGAAACGAGUUGGCAAGCAGGAGGAACUCAUUCAUUCUGGAGAGAAUAAUAUCAACAGUUCCGAACAAUCGGCCGCAGAAGCUCAUCUUAUAAGCUGCCUAGUUUCCACAGAAGCUGCUGGUGCUGUUGGCUCACUUUAUGCAGCCAUUGCUCUCACCUCACAAAAUCAGAAAGGCUCAUCUCCAACUCCGAAUCAAAUUGGUCCUUCAUCUUCCACAAAAGCCCUCGCAACUCAAGGACUCAAACUCCUCAGAUCGAUCGCCGAAUUGGACUUGGCAAAAUUGCAGAAUCUCCUGGGCACUGAGGGAACAAAUCUCCAAUGGCGAAUAGUAGCCAGUCAUCUUAUCACUCGACUCUCACGUGAAUCCCUGCCAGAUAAAUUGGAACUUAGUGCUACCAUGAGUACCAUCAGCAACACGCAUAUCCUCAACGAGCUUUUCGUUGUUCUUGGAUAUUUUGCUGUCAAUAAUCCAGAAAAUCAGUUGAUUUUACAAUCGGCUGGCGCUGGUCCAAGUGUUCUCCAACAAUUAUGUACUUUGCCGUUUCCAUUUUAUGGUGAUCCACGACUCGCUCAGUCGACACUUCCGACACUUUUAGCGGCCACACACUGCAACCCUGAAGCAAAGUCAAUUUUAUCUUGUGAGCUCUCGUAUCAGCUACUUGAAGAGUACAGAAACUCCGAGGAAGGUAAACUAAAUUCCCUGGUACGUUUACUGAAAGAGGCGCCUAGUCUGUAACAAGCGAUUUCAUUUCCAGUGCGUAAAAACAUUUAAUUAGUCGACUAAUAUUUCUCAGUGUGGUGAGUUCGAAUUUUGGAACCGAUUAUAGUAUUAAAAAACAAAAAAAAAAAAACCUUAUAGAAAUGUUAUUUUGUUUUGCAAAAUGUUUUCAAAAUGUUGAAAAAUUUAUUUUCAAAUUAAAAGAAUAUUUUUUCUUUA